CCAUUCUCUUCUGCUAUGGACGAAAGUGUUAUUGUCGAUUUAAUCUCCCUGUUGAAAGAUCCUCAAGCUCAGGUCCGACAGCAAGCUGCUGAGAUUGUAUGCAGUCUUACAUCUACGGAGGACGGUUGCAACAUGAUUUACCAGAAACAAGGUCAUCUGGCGUUAACCAAAUUACUCGGGGAUAAUAUUGCUAUUAGUAAAUCGGCGAUUACCGCCCUUGUUAAUAUGUGUGGUAAUGCUGCUGUUCUUACUGAUAUGGCAAAUGACGAACUUGUUGAUAAGCUUAUGGAGAAUCUUAUGGAAGACAAUUAUCCGCUCAUUAACCUUAAUUUGAUGUUAUUAGCGAAUGUUAGCACUAACGACAUUGGUGCGGGAGCCAUUCUCCAACUUCGACAAAAGCAGGGUAAGUUAAAGGGCCUCCACCUCUGCCGUCUCGUUUUGUGGUUCCUCCGAACGUCGGUCGAGAGCACCGAAGCGGACCCCUACCAAUACAUCGCAACAAUUCUCAACAACAUCACUCGCCUCUACGAGGGCCGUGACCUCAUAAUGAACAAGAACCGCAACUUAAUCGACAAGCUGAUUCCCUUCAUCAACUCCGCGAAUCCGAUCCGCCGCAAAGGCAUCAUCAACAUGAUCCGAAACGUCAUGCUGGACGAAUAUUACUGGGACCAGCUCGUCGAUAACUGGAACACCGACGGACGUCUGAAAGGCAUCGUGUAUCGCGUGUGCGCCAACCUCAACGGAGACCAUCGCGUGGAGAAGAAAGAGCUGGACCCGAUCGUGUAUUCGACGGUGAAGGAGCGCGAGAAGGACGUGGAAAUCAUUCGCAUUUCGAUGGAUUUGCUGCUGAUUAUCACGAAAUACCAGAACGGACGCGAGCUCUUGCGCGAGGCCAAUGUCUAUCCUGUUGUGAGGGAUAUGCAUAUGGCAAUGGAGCAGUUGCUGCCGCAGGAAGUGGUGGAUGUGAUUGGAGAUGUCGUCACGCAUUUGAUGGCGGAGGAAGAACACCCGCGAAAGAAGGAUGGACCGAUUGUGGAGGAAAUUACGGAGCCUGGAAAGGAGAUGAGUCCUGAGAAGGAAGAGAGUGAUGAUGGUUUGGAUGAUUUGCCUGAUUUAGAAUGCAAUGUUUGUUUUGCCACAUUUUAUGCUGGAUACGUGAGCCACAAUGAUCAUUGCAAGAACGCCCAGCCCAGCCAUCGUUCUCGUUCUUCUCUUUCCACCCAAGUUUCCACCUAUCGAAUUCUUACAGUUUUCUAUUCUGAAAUAUACUAG